AGAGGGCAGCCAUCAGAAUCAACGAACUCAGGCUGAAGGGCCUUUGGCUCAUAUAUACAUUUUCUUUUUUUCCUUUUUUAAAUGAACAAUCACUGGAACAAAUAAAGGGUUAAUAGGCCAGUCAUUGCCCCGCCCUGUGAGAGCCGGAGGGAGCAGGUUUGAAAGUUCCUGUGUGCAAGGGAAGGCUGGGGGUGGGGGGCGCUGAAUAUUUCUGCACGGCUCCUGCACCGCUCGCUGGCGAUGCGGCGGGACGGGCUGGCCGGGGUUCGGCCCGGUUGCGUGCCUGAGAGUUGGCCGUGAGCGAUCCCUGCCACCGCGAGCCUGGGUCCAGGCGUUCCCAGCAAGGAAUCCAAGGCGAGGACACCGAGUGCUGCCGCCGGGGCCAGGGAGGGACUGAAAUCAGCUGGGGAGGCGUUUUCCCCCCAGGCUGUCACCCAGAAGGGCCCGGGAGCCGAGGUGGGCGAGGGAGAGUGCAGACUUGGAGAGGUGGCUGCCGCGAGUUGCACGGGGCGCUGAGGCAUUUGCUUUCCGUUCCGUUUAUCCAGCAGACGACGAGGCGAUUUAUGCAACAGUAUCCUGUUUCAGCACUGCCAAGGCUAUGCGAAAACGCGGUCAGGACAGCCUGGCAGGACUUGUGCUGUAUGUAGGACUCUUCGGGCACCCCGGGAUGCUGCACAGGGCCAAGUACAGCCGUUUUCGGAAUGAGUCCAUCACGUCCUUGGACGAAAGCAGCCCCGGAGGCUCGGUGGGGAACAAGGGCUCGCCUCAGCCUCCCUACCCCACCCUGGCACCUCACCUGCCGGCCGAAGAUGCCACCUUGGCGUCCCAGGAGAGCCCCACCCCACUGUGCACCUUGAUCCCUCGCAUGGCCAGCGUGAAGCUGGCCAACCCAGCCACCCUGCUGAGUCUGAAAAACUUUUGCUUGGGUACCAAAGAGGUGCCCCGGCUGAAGCUCCAGGAAAGCCAGGACCCGGCUCCCAGCAGCCCAACUUCCCCUGAGACCGGUCUAAAUAGGGCUGGGACCGGACCUCCGCCGCAGCCAGACCUGGUGGGGCACAGGGCGACUGUCUUAACUCCAGAUGCCUGUCCCCUUCCUGGCCCUGGGGAGCCGACCCCAGGGAGCAGGCAGGACAGGCACUUUCUGCAGCACCUGUUGGGGAUGGGCAUGAACUACUAUGUGAGGUACAUGGGCUGUAUUGAAGUACUGCAGUCAAUGAGGUCACUGGAUUUUGGAAUGAGAACCCAAGUUACAAGGGAAGCAAUAAGCCGCCUGUGUGAAGCUGUUUCUGGGGCAAAUGGAGCCAUUAAAAAGCGAAAGCCUCCAGUUAAGUUCCUAUCAACAGUUCUUGGCAAAAGUAAUCUUCAGUUUUCGGGAAUGAAUAUUAAACUGACCAUCUCAACAUGCAGCCUCACAUUGAUGAAUAUUGACAACCAACAGAUUAUUGCAAAUCAUCAUAUGCAGUCUAUUUCAUUUGCCUCUGGAGGGGAUCCUGAUACUACAGACUAUGUUGCCUACGUAGCUAAAGAUCCAGUUAAUCAACGAGCCUGUCACAUACUGGAAUGCCGCAGCGGAAUGGCCCAAGAUGUCAUAAGCACCAUAGGGCAGGCUUUUGAACUCCGGUUUAAACAGUAUUUGAAAAAUCCUUCUUUGAAUACUUCUUGUGAAAGUGAGGAGAUGCCCGUUGAUGGUCCCACUGAGGAAAGAGAAGACCACGAGUACUACAACGAAAUCCCCGGGAAGCAGCCACCGACAGGUGGUGUUUCUGAUGUGCGGAUCAAAGUCCAAGCCACAGAGCAAAUGGCUUACUGCCCCAUACGGUGUGAGAAGUUGUGCUAUUUGCCUGGGAACUCCAAGUUCAGCAGCGUGUAUGAGAACUGUUUAGAACAAAACCAGGCAAUAGGUAAUGCACCGGAGAGAGGAGUGCAGUCCCAUCGAGAUGCCUCGUUAAUGAAGCACGGCUGUCGAGUGGAUUUCUUCAAUGACCCCUGCUACAUAAAUACGCAGGCUCUUCAGAGUACACUUGGCUCUGCCCCGGAUCAAAGCUCAGCUCACCCCCUGGGGAGCCCAUGGCACCGUGAAAAAGCACCAGAAACUGUUCAGCCAGGUGCCACGGCCCAGGCUGCCAGCUCACAUUCUUUGCCACACAUUAAGCAGCAGCUGCGGAAUGAAGACUGCUACCACGGCAAACUGAGCAGGAAGGCAGCAGAGAGCCUCUUGGUAAAGGAUGGGGACUUUUUGGUUCGAGAGAGUGCAACAUCUCCUGGCCAGUAUGUGCUAAGUGGCCUACAGGGAGGCCAGGCAAAGCAUCUUCUCCUGGUGGAUCCUGAAGGCAAGCCAAAUAUCUGCUUCAGGGAUGUGUCUGUUUUUCUUCCGGAUUGUUUACAUCCUGCAGGAGAACUAUUAUCAUUUGACCUCAAUACUCUGUACUUCCUUUUCAAGGUCAGGACCAAGGAUCAUGUAUUUGAUAAUGUCGGUCACCUUAUCAGAUACCACAUGGAUAACAGUUUGCCAAUCAUCUCUUCCGGAAGCGAAGUAAGCCUCAAACAACCCGUGAGAAAAGAUAAUAAUCCAGGACUUUUGCAUUGCAACAAAUGACAAUAUGGAAGUACCAUCACACUGAUAAUUCAAGAAACUUCAUUUUGUGUUAGGACACAAAGAUGAUCCAAACUUGGUUUGCAGACAGAAUAGAGCACAAACUGUGAAGUACAUUUUCCCAACACCACCACGGACUAUGUCCUUUAUAAGACAAAGAACUAACAAAGAUUGAUCUUCAGAAAGUGAAUAUCAGAAAAGGGGAAGAGGAUUGGUUCAUUUGAAAAGAAAUUAUACAUAUGCACGGAUGUCACUUUUUAAGGCCAUAUUGCAUUGAUAGCAAGCUAAAAGCACAAUUAAUAUUUCCCAUGCUAGAGACUACUUGGAUGAACUGCUGGGGCAGUGGUAUGUGCCUUUCAACUUGAUAAUUUGGGGACAUUUUCAUAUUGGGGAGAUUAGUUCUAAGUGUCUUCAUAUUCUCUAACUAUAGAACUAUUUGCCAAAAAAAGUUUUUCCUUGUUACAAAAAUAAGAAGCAAUUUUCUUGAUAGUUACUGACUUUAUUACAUUUUCUGUUUAGUAGCACUUUCACUGCAAUGUUAAAAUAAAUUUGAUGUUGAAUUUGGACUCUGUCUAUGCCAGUGGAAUCAAAUCAGAAGCCACUGAAAGCAUUGGUCUGUUUCACUGGUCUGUCCCAUUUACCAGUUAAAGGGUUGCAGCCUAAAUUCUUUGGCCUAGUUAUUUCUCAACCUUUGCUAUUCAGACUGUUUGUAUGCAGCAUAGCAUAAGCUGAAGAGAGGCCAAAUCUAUCAGUCAUUUCUAUUUCAUCAUAUUUCUCCCUUUUUCCUCCCCCCAUCCCCACACCCAAAAGCAGCUCACGAGUGCAUGGAUUUAACACAUGGUGGACAAAGCGGUGUUCUUCACAUUCAACAUCCGAAUUGGUUUCAUUCUUAUUUAAAGUAUUGAAUUUUUUUGAAAGUGUCAGGAAAUGUCUGCUUGAUUGGCUGUGACUGAAUCAUAGUCUCUUACCUACUGUAUCCUUAGCAUCUCUUCUAGAUACGAUCAGACGAAAUGCAGAAGGGAGAAAACAUACUGAACGAAACAGCUGGAAAGGUUUGCCACAUGUAGGUACACUGGUAAACUGAUGAUGUAAUUAAGUGUUGUGUAGAGAAAAGUGCUAUAUGACCUUGAGCCAGCUGCUGAACCUGCCUGGACUCCCGUUUCCUUGUCUAUGAAAUAAGAGACUUGAAUAAGGUGAAUUCAGAGGUCUAUCUCAGCCCUAACAUAAGAUGAGUCUAUAAAAAAGAAGUCUUCCACUUAUUAGGGGUCAGCGUUGAUAAUCAGCUUGUAUAGAAGGUGAAAACUUGAGCUUUUUCCUUUAGUCUGUAUCUAUACUCGAAGAAUGAAUGACACAACGGAAACCAGUAUUCAGUAGCAGAAACCCUGAGCCUUCCCGGCACAAACACUGACACACUGGAGUGCUCUCAGAAGUGACGGUGGGGUGGAUUUGGUUGUUCGGAGGAGGAGAAAACGGCUUCCGUGUUUUACUUGCCUUUGCACAGAGUGGUUUGGCCGCUACUUUAGGAUGGUUUUUUAUCCUGAGUAACCUGGACUGUUGCCUUAACCCCACUUCAUUUUGGCUAUGUAGAUACAACUUAAUCUUUGUAAUUGUGAUAUAUUUGCUAAGUUUUAAAUAAAAGACAAGAAACUUUUUUGGGGUAGAAAUCAUCAGAAAUCAAGCACACCGAAUUGUGAUAUUUUUUUCUGUAAGGGUUUAUGAUUUUAUUCUACUUCUGCUGCCACUGACUGCUUAGGUGGGUUUGUUUCCUUUUACACAACUAGGAAAUAAAUGCUUUUCAUCAAUUAUAUAUAUAUAUGCAUAUAUACCUUGGUUCUUGAUGAUCUGUCCUCCCAAAAGGGGGUCAGCAUGAGUAUAGAUCAUAGAAAUUUGUGGGUGAUCUAGUCACCCAUCAGAGACAGAGCAGGGUUGUGGUCUCCAUCUGGUUGAGCAGAGUGUUAACUGGGUUGCAGGAAAAAGUUCCUAAUAGAAAUAGAUGCAGAGAGUAUAAAUGAUAUGAGCAGCACAUGGAUCCUGGUACAUCAUCACCACCAUGUGGGUAAUCAGUAUUUGACUUUGAUGUUAUAGGAGUUAGGUAAGCAAAUGCUGCACUUACAAGCACCACAGACACAGUUAAAACAAAAUGAAACAACAGAAGAAAUGUUUGACUGCAUGCUGUUUUAAUGACACACAUGUAUCUUCAUCUGUUUUAAAGUGGAAAUCCAUUUGCCUCUAAAUACCUGUAAAUGACUUUUCAAAAAAAAUAAAUGAUCAUUGCUUUGUGACAAUGGAUAGCAUAUGCCUGAUGUUUGGAAUAUGGAAAAUUUAUCAUUUGCAGGGUGUAUCAGGGUCCUGACAGGAAACAGAUGGCUCACUUAAAUUGGGUAAUGCGAGGCGGGUUUAAUAAAGGGACUCUUUACAAAGGUGUGGGCAGAGUAUGGGGAAACCACAAGGGAGGAUGCAGUACCCUGGGGCCAGUGAACAGGUAAGGGGAGAUCACGGGAACAUAAUCUGGAGAGAGAGCUCUGUGGGAGGACUGCCUUCUAGGAGCUGUGGCCUCCAGUUGAGGGACUCCACCAGCCCUGGUGACUCCACAAGGAGGCAGCUACGGACAUUAUACUUAAUGCAAGAAGGACAGCCUUUUUAACAAAUGGCGUUGGUCCAGUUAGAAUGGCAAAGAUAGA